AUAUCGGAGGCCGCAGUGAUUUGGUAGCCGCUGCAGUAGGAGGAAGGACCGCGGUUCUACCCCUUCUAUCUUUCAGUUUCACCUAGAAUUUCUUUGUGGCUCCAAUUGGAAGUGAUCAGUAAAUUAUACAUACGUCAAAGGUGUUCUAUGAUAACAGAAUCGUAGUAUAACCAACGGAAAGUGACAUCAAUCGCCAUUUUAACUGCACGUUUCUCUGACAGAACCGCUAGCACAACAAUGGCUCUGAAAAGAAUUCACAAGGAGUUGAAUGACUUGGCAAGGGACCCACCAGCCCAGUGUUCUGCAGGACCAGUAGGAGAUGACAUGUUUCACUGGCAAGCCACAAUAAUGGGACCUAAUGACAGCCCUUACCAGAGUGGAGUUUUCUUCUUGACCAUACACUUCCCCACAGACUACCCCUUCAAACCGCCAAAGGUUGCAUUUACCACACGAAUCUACCACCCAAAUAUCAACAGCAAUGGCAGCAUUUGUCUUGACAUUCUGCGAUCACAGUGGUCUCCAGCUCUCACCAUCUCCAAAGUCCUCCUGUCCAUCUGCUCUCUGCUCUGUGACCCAAAUCCGGAUGACCCCUUAGUACCUGAGAUCGCCCGUAUCUACAAGACGGACAGGGAAAAGUACAACAAAAUAGCUCGGGAAUGGACACAAAAGUAUGCAAUGUAGUGUUGGGGUAGAAUCAUGGCCAACCACCUCAACAAAGUAAGGUUUGGGGAGCUUCAGACGUAAAGAGAAAACAAACAAAAAACAUUCAAACAAAUGAAGUUUAAAACAAGAUCUUGUUGGUUUCCAGUGGAGUGCUUUCUUUGAGCCACGCCUCCCCUUCACCAGAGUACCUGUAAAAAUUCCCUCUGCCCCACCUUCCUACAUUUUCUCUCACUCUCUGUUUGACCCCCACCCCAUAUUCUCUUCCCCUCCUACCUCUCAAGGUUCCCUGCCCACCCGUUAGUGUACAUAUUGUCAACUUGCUAUGGUAAUUCCCAACUCCCAUCUCUUUCAACUCUUCCCUCCCAUAAGAUGUUUACCCAUUUCCUGACCUCUGUCUUCCAUUAAAUUUCAUCACCAUCCAAGCUAGGUUUUCGCUGCCCACUGGACUCCCCCUUUUUCUUACACAUGACUGAACCACCCACCCACAGACUUUCAUCACUAAGCAUUCCUAUAAGAAUACAUAGAAUUUUGAGGGAUUUUUUUCAUUUCCCAUUUUUUAAGAGGGUGGGGGACAAAAGAUGGAGGGAUUUUUACACUCUGCACUCUUUCUUGUUCAGCUGUCCUGAUAAUUCCCAUCUGCAUAGGUGACAAUUCAAGUAAGCAGUUUUUGCGACGGGCACUCUGUAUUUUACACAUUAAAUACAUUAAAGAGAUCCUUGUAAGCUAAAUGGAAUGGAUAAAAUCACAUGGCCUUUUGGGUCUUCUGUUGGAUUUCAGAAAAGGACUUAAAUUUACCCCCACAUCUCCUGCUUCUGAACCCACCUUUCCAACCCCACCUUGCCCAAAAUGACCCCUUUGUACACACAUGGACAUAAGUUCAAACACAAAUGUAACCCCAUGUCAACCUCCACUCCAACACUACCAUCAACUUUUCUUUAUUUACAAAGUUAAGAUUGUGGACCAGGUAUUUAAGCUUUUAAUUUUUCUUAGUUAAACCUGUGUUUUAAACACCCCCGCCCCUCCCCGACCAUCACCUAUAACUCCUUAGGUUGCAUUUUUGUUUGUUUGUUUGUUUUUCUUUUUUCUUUUGUUUUUCUUUUUUUUCCUAUUGUUAAAUUAGAGGCUAACAUCUUAAAUGGCUAUGGGACUGGCUUGGGCUCUGGGUGUGAGGAGAACCCACUCUUCUUGCACAAAACCUCUGUAUAUUGAAUUACCUGAAAGGCUCAUUGAGCUUUGUGUGUUGAUUAAACUGUGUAAUAAAAUCCAA